AGCAACACUGUACAUACACGGGAGGGGAGGGGAGGGGACGGGACCCACACUAUACUACUAAAGCUACACGUCCCAUGAGUACAAACUCUCCAGCCAGGCUAGCAUUAGCAUUAUUUUAAAAUAUAAGUAACAUAUACGUUUGCUGAAGUGAUGUACAUUUUUCUUUUCCAAGAUGAAAUGGCUGUACCUGAUUGGUCCAAAUUAACUACAGCAAAAAUAAGCGUGUUUUACUUUAACAUUUUGACAUGUUAUUUAAAGUUUCAACACUCUACAGAAUGUAAUAUUUGUAGACAAUUUUUGUGUAUAUAUAUAUUUUUUUCUCUCCCUCUCUUUUUUUUUUUUUUUUAAAAAUCAGAGAGAAUGCUUUUACAAAGCGUUAGCCAGUAAACAAAAACGCCUCACUUUCACUUUCAUUUUUCCAGUGUUGGAACCAGUUUUAUCGACAAAAACACAAUCAAAUAUAUGCUUAAAUAUGAAAGAAAGGAAAACCCUUUUCAUUUUACUUUUUUUCUUACAUCCUGUCCAGCUGUUUGGUGAUGAUGUCCAUUCCAUUAGUGGCUUUUUCAUCAGUUCUCAAGGCCUAAGCCUGCCCAAUUAUAUGGAAAGAAUCACUGUGAAUGAUGUUACCAUCUUUUACCAUGACAGUGGGAAAAACGUCAUAGCGCCAUGUCCCAAAUGGCUCAACACCACCACCGGCCAGCAGCACUGGGAAGACAUCAGAGUUAUAUCACAACACAACAAACAGAUGAUAGCUACAGCUAUCGAAUCAGCCAUACAACAGUUCAAUCUAACAGGUUCACAUGCGGACAUUAACAUAUACCAAGGCUACAGUCGCUGUGACCUCUAUACAAAUGGCACCAUCAAGGCAUCGUUAGCCCAUGCUUUCAACGGGAAGGACUUCUUAAGUUUAGAUUUUGACAGUAAGACAUUCAUCGCUUCUGUUCCUCAAGCCCUGAAAUAUAAAAGGCUGAGGGAGCAAAAUUCAGAGUUGUUUGGAAUCACUGUGUCUUUCUACCAAAAGACCUGUUUUGAUCGCUUGAAGAUGUUCUUAAAGCAUGCCCCUGGAGUCAAAAUGCAGAAGGAACCGAAGGUCAGGCUUUUCGAGAGGCAGGGCGCUGGUUCCACGCUCCUCACAUGUCAUGUGACUGGGUUUUACCCCAGAGCAGUGCAGGUGAAGUGGAUUGGGGCAGAUUUACAGCUGGUGGAUGACGAGAUGAAUGAUGUGCUGCCUAAUGGUGACGGCACGUUUCAGACCAGAAGCAGUGUGAUCAGACCUGAGGAGAACACAGGAGAUCAGCACUACAGCUGUGUAGUGCAUCACAGCAGCCUAGAGGGAAAUAUUACAGUCACCUGGGGUAAGGAAGAGAAACCCUUCAGACUUUAUGUUUGGAUUACACUAGGCUGCGUUUUCAUCGCCGCUGUAGUCGGGCUUGUAAUACGAGGCUUCUGUUAUAAUAAAGCUUUUGUUGUUGCAGGUCAAUUCAUUCUCCUCUCCUGAGAAGAUCGAGCUGUCUAUCCUCAACCUCAAACUCCUACAGCCCCAUGUCCUCAGGUCUAGCUGUUUCUUCUCGGAUAUUUGCACACGUCUCGUCUUCACUCAAGUCAAGUCAAUAUUUACGUAUUGUGUUUAAGUUCUGUCAUGGGUUUUAGUUUGUUUCUGUGUCUAGCGUGUUCGUUUGCGUUCUUUCACCCAUGAACUCCUUGUGUUUCAUUUGUUAAACACUGACUACUGUCUGUUUUUAUUGUUUUUGUUUUGUGUGUGAAAUUUAAACACCUGUUUAUCAGGUAGGUUUUAUUUAACUUCAUGUUUGUGUUAUUUUUUUAUUUUCUUAGGCAUGAUUUUACGCUGAAUUAUUAGAAGUCCAAGCACACAGUGCUACUGUGGAAGACUAGUUUUUGUUAAGAUGUUGUAGGGGUCCAGGCUCCUACUGUAGUGUUCAUUCCCUUAAAUAAAGGCUGAUUAGUUACGAGUAGCCUGUUUUUUACUCAGUAAAGCUAAAGUAAACUUUCUUUUCUUCUUAAACAUGCUGUGCUCACUUAGAUGUACUUUUAUUUUACUAUGUUUUUUACGAAGGUUGUAAAAUUAUAAAAUAAUUGAUUUUAAAAAAUGACAGUUAAAUCCUUUUAUUAAAAUGCAAUUAUUGUUUUUUUGUUGUUGUUGAAAGCUUAAAUAGCUUAGUGCUAAAGCGUUUUUUGGUGUUUUGUUACAGUAUUAAUUAAUAAAUUGAAAACUUUAUUAAAAAAUGUAAAUUACUGUAAAAUUAUUGCAAUGUUCCCCAUUUUACAAGUUCUCUCUGUAAACAGGAAGAGAAACAUGACGUGCAGCAGCAGUAGUACUUUUGCACGCCACCUUGCAUGUGUUCUCACUAGUAAAUGGAAGAAAAAAAACAGAAUGAGGAACAGAGUUUGUUUGUUUUUUGUUUGUUUUUUUUUUUUAAUCCAAGUAG